CCUGUGAGACCCCCACCAGCCCCAGGCACCAUGAUCUGGGGAACUGGCCAUGAGCCAGCUGCUUCCGCACUAGCUGUAAGCACAGGGGUCUCACUUGCCUGCUUCGUCUGGAUGCAGGGGAGCUGCUGUCCAUCCAUACUCCCUCCCUCCCUCUAUCUAUCUAUCUAUCUAUCUAUCUAUCUAUCUAUCUAUCUAUCUAUCUAUCUAUCUAUCUAUCCUCCACUGCUCUCACAAGAACCCCUCUCAUUUCCACUCUUCUCCCUCUACACUUCCCAACCUCUGCCCACCCAGCACCAGUAGAUGCUGCCCCAUCACAGCCAAAAGACUUUGCUUCUGCCACCACUGCUUGGCUCAGCUCCUCCAGGGGCUGCUCCAUUCCAGCUCUGCUGUCUCCCUUCCUGGCUGCCAAUGGCUUCAAGGGAUGGGAGACGAAAAAGCCUGCAUUCUCCACUCACUUAGGUUCCCUGCUUGGAAGCACCAUGGCUGAGGUCCCUGAUUUCUUGGCUGACCAAAUGGAAACCUGCAGCAUGAGUGAGGAAUGCUUCUACGAGGCAGAUUACCCCAGCACGGUGAAGGGCUACAGUGCAGCGCCCUUAUCCCCAGGGGAAUCUGGCUGUGGGAUGAAUGUCCAGCUCCAGUUCACAGAGCCCAAGACCCACCGUGGCUUCCGCACAACUGUGGUGCUGGUGGUGGCAGUGGAAAAGAUGCGGAGGAUGCCGCAGAGCCCCCAGCUCUUCAGCGACUGCGACCUGCUGAACCUGUUCAAUGCAGUCUUCGAACCGGUGCCUUUCUCAAAUUGCCAACUGGCAUAUGAAGCCAACACCAGCUUCCGCUUCCAUCGGUGCCUCUCCUUUGACAUCCAGGAUGUGGCUCAGAAAUGCUUCUUCCUCCAGACACCUGCUCAGCUGGUAGCUCUCCACAUCCAGGGCCCUGAUGCCGGGCAGCGAGUCAUCAUCAACAUGGCCCUCUACAGACCCCAGAGUGGGGCACAGAGCCAGGCCCUUGUCAGGCUGCCUGUUGCUCUGGGCAUCAAAGACAAGGGCCUCUAUCUCUCCUGUGUGCUGAGUGGUGACCAGCCCAUGCUGCAGCUGGAGGAAGCAGAUGUCAAGGGGGACAUCUCUGGAGAUGACCUCCAGCGCUUCAUCUUCUACCGCAUCCAGGUGGACAAAAUAACCAAGUUUGAGUCAGCCUCUCACCCCGGCUGGUACAUCUGCACUUCCCAGGAACCCAACCAGCCUGUGGGAAUCACCAACCGUCUUGGCGAGGACCUCAUCACUGACUACAACCUCACCAGGCCCAAGCACUGAGCCCCCUCCCAACCCAAACCAAAUCAGCAGUCACUGGUUUCAGGCAACAGAGUUGUAUGUACUACGUACAUCCAUCCCCUCCCACACCGGGUUAUGUGACCAGGUGCGUCUCCCAUGUGCGUCUGUUCCCCAUAGCACUGUGUGUCCUCUCCCCAGGCAGUCUGAUCCACCCCCAAUCCUGUGAAACCUUCCAGCAGCCAGUGAGCUCUAUAUUAGAGCUCACUCAUGGUCAUGAAACUCUUGACUGCUAACACUUGAUGCUACAUUUAAAUCAGCCCAGCCAGGCAGUGUAGACACCCCCACCUCCCCCGCCUGCCAGGCCACAGCCCCAUCUGGCUGCAACAAGCAGAGGGAAUUAGCCCCUUCUGGGCCAGUUGCAAGGCAACACAUUAGCAAACUGGUCUGAAGCCAGCUGGCGAGGAUCUAUACCCUGGGUGAUACAUUGUAGACAGAAUUCUCUCCCCUUUCCUGAUGCCCCCCCAAAAUUCAGAUGUGUUUUAUGUGAAUUGUCACGUAACACAUCCAUGUUAUGGCUGCAUUCCUUAUUAUUAUUCAUAUCUCAUUAGAAAGCCUAGUUCUCAAAAACAGGUGCCUUAUUCCCUUUGAUGACACAAAUUCUAGGGACAGACUUGACAGUUCAUUUGUGAGACCAGAACCUGGUCUCGUCAUCUCUUGGGGCCCUGUGAAAAUUCACCGCAGGCUUGGAAGAGAAUUUGGAAAUACCUGAGGCAGACAACGGUGCAGAGACCCAGGAGCUGGCAUGUUUUUAUUAUAUAAAAACUCAAUGUCAUGUUAGUACCAGAUGCUGCUUCCCUGCACAUUCCUGUUGACUUCUUCUGUAGAAAGGAAUUAUUAUUUAAAUGCACUGUAUUCUUUUAAUUAUUUUUUGCAAUUAAAUUAUUUAUUGACAAACCA